GUCCAUCUCUACCGUUCCAUUCCAAUUCCAUCCCCGGAAAGCGCAAGCCGCGGGAGAGCGGCCGGCGUACGUACCACGAGGACCGCCAGCCGAGGGCCAUGGCCGCCGGUCUGUCCGGCGCCGCGAUGACCAGCUUCGUCGCCAAGAACCCGCUGCUGGCGGCCGCGGCGCGCCGCAGGGCGCUGCCUCCCCUCGCCGGGCGCGCCCUGCCGUUCUCGCCGCUCACCACCGCCAGGGCCCCGCGCCGCCGCGGGCUCGGGACCGUCACGUGCUUCGUGCCGCAGGACACGGAGCACCCGGCGGCGGCGGCACCGGCCCCGGUCGCUCCCGUGCCGGAGACGGCGCUGGACGAGGAGGCCAGGGCCGCGGCGGCGCGGCGCGUCGCGGAGAGGAAGGCGCGGAAGCGGUCCGAGCGGCGUACCUACCUGGUGGCCGCCGUGAUGUCCAGCCUCGGGGUCACGUCCAUGGCCGUCGCCGCCGUGUACUAUCGCUUCAGCUGGCAAAUGGAGGGCGGCGCGGUCCCGGUGAGCGAGAUGUUCGGCACGUUUGCGCUCUCCGUCGGCGCGGCGGUCGGGAUGGAGUUCUGGGCGCGGUGGGCGCACCGGGCGCUGUGGCACGCCUCCCUGUGGCACAUGCACGAGUCGCACCACCGGCCGCGCGAGGGCCCAUUCGAGCUCAACGACGUGUUCGCCAUCGUCAACGCCGUGCCGGCCAUCUCCCUCCUCGCCUACGGCUUCUUCCACCGCGGCCUCGUGCCCGGCCUAUGCUUCGGCGCGGGCCUCGGGAUUACGCUGUUCGGCAUGGCCUACAUGUUCGUCCACGACGGCCUGGUCCACCGCCGCUUUCCGGUCGGCCCCAUCGCCAACGUGCCCUACUUCCGCCGAGUGGCUGCCGCUCACAAGAUACACCACAUGGACAAGUUUGAGGGCGUCCCGUAUGGGCUGUUCCUGGGACCAAAGGAGCUGGAGGAGGUCGGUGGCCUGGACGAGCUGGAAAAGGAGCUCGCGCGAAUCGGCCGGACCAUCUGAUGGAUUCGUCCGGAUUCCGGCGCGGCGAUCUCCGCUCCGCUCCGUGAUUCCGGCGCAGCCUCAUGGUUGGGGAGCCGACGACCAGAACCUCCAGAAGGGAUUUGGUUUGGAUGCGCGAGCCUAGAUCUUGACCUGCAUUUCGGAUGGUCUGUGGAGGCACAGCUCGUACCUGGAGAUGUCUAGUGCCAUGGAAUUACUUUUCUUUUCUUUUUUUCCUGACAUUUUCACGCCGGCGUCUUUAUUUGUGAAGACGUCGCACGUUCGGGCCCCUGUAUUACUGUUCUUAUGGCUAGGAUUCUGUAUAUAACUUGUAGGGACAUGUUAUGAACCACCAGCUCAAUGAAGCUAAAAAUUCGGUGGUUGGAAACAGCGCUGAAAAAUCA